AUGGCAUGGGAUUGGAGUUCCAUGAGUUCGCUGCUUGGGACGCUGUUAUUCCUAAGGACAGCGAUCCGAGAUUUCUUCCCUGAGGAGCUCCGCCGCUGCGUCCGCUCCCUCUUCCGUCGCCUCCUGACGAGACUCGACCCUGAAACCACCAUCAUCAUCCAUAAGUAUGACGGCAGCACUGUCGACGAUCUCUACUAUGCUGCCCAGAUCUACCUCGGCCACCACUGUGUCGCUGAUGCCGCCGCCGUUUGCCUCUUCAUGGGUAGUAGCUCCUCACGCCCCAUCGCCUUUCUCCCUGACUACCACACCACCGACGACACAUUCCGCGGCAUCCCCCUCCGAUGGAGCUCCGACAUCGGACGCUCCCCUACGAAGUCCUCGAACAGACAACGGCACCUCAAGCUCUCUUUCCCUCGACAGCAUCGCCAUGUUGUUAGCUCCUUCUACAUCCCCCACGUCCUCGAGGAGUCGGAGAGCAUCCUUCUCAAGACCCGCGAGCGCCGCCUCUACACUAAUGCCCUCGAAAACGAUGAUGACGGCUUCUGGUCCUCUAUGCCCUUCGCCCACCCUUCCAACUUGGACACCCUCGCCAUCGACCCAACCCUCCGUGAUGACAUCCGCGCCGACCUCCUCGGCUUCGUCGGUCGCCAGGACUACUACGCUCGUGUCGGGCGACCUUGGAAGCGAAGCUACCUCCUCUAUGGCCCGCCAGGGACGGGCAAGACAAGCCUUGUGGCCGCCAUCGCCAACUUCCUCGAGUUUGACGUUUUCGACAUCGAGCUUACUGCUGUCGACUCCAGUUUCGAACUCCGUCGUCUCCUAGAAUCCACCACCUCCCGGUCUGUCAUCGUCGUCGAGGACAUCGAUUGCUCCCUCGACCUCAGCGACCGAAAGGAAGAGACACAACAUGAUGGUGCGGAGGAGACGACAAACCUCUCCUGUGUGUUAGACUUCGUGGAUGGCCUAUGGACGUCGUCCGAAGGGGAGCGACUCAUGAUCUUUACCACCAAUCAUCCUGAGCGGCUUGACCCGGCCCUGCUCCGACCGGGCCGGAUGGACCGACACAUCCACUUAUCCUAUUGUUGCCCGGCAGCAUUCCGAGUGCUAGCACGGAACUACCUGGAGGUGGAGGAGCACGAGCUGAUGGCGGAGGCAGAAGCACUGCUAGGGGAGGUCAAUAUGACACCCGCGGAGAUUGCCGAGGUGUUCCUGGGGUGCGACGGAGAUGACGCAGGCGCGGACACCGCAAUGCAGAAGGUGGUGGGCGAGUUGCGGCAGAGGCAGCAGCGACUGCAGGAGGCGGCGUCCUUUGACGAUGGCGAUACCUCUGCUUUGGGUGCAGGAGAUGAGAGUAGAGGAAAAGGUUUCUCAUCAUCCUGUCAUCUAUGA